CUGGAAAAAAAAUUCAAGAUAUAUGUAAAAACAUAUACAUAUCACAUUAAAAUCGGGUAAAUGCUACAUUUGGUCACUGAGAUUACUAAAUCGUGUCAUUUUUAGUCACUAGAAAAUUUUAAUAUCAAUUUUGGUCACUCAAAUUACUGAAACAGGUCACAUUUAGUCACUCUCAUGUUAACCUCCGUCCAACUCCGGUCACUCGAAUUACUGAAACAUGUCACAUUUAGUCACUCGAAUUAUUGAAAUAGUUAGUGGAGUUGGAUGGAAACUAACAUGAGAGUGACAAAAUGUGACAUGUUUCAAUAAUUCGAGUGACCAAAAUUGAUAUUAAAUUUUUUAGUAAUGUCUUUUUUUUAUCUAAACAUUUUUCAGAUUCUUUUAUAUUAUCCAAACCUAUCGAAAUACUAAGAAUUAGCCAAAUGUUAACUUUCAGUUAGCAAUUUUGUUAGCAAUAUGGACUUGACAACAUGAUACUGACUUGGAAGAGACACAUGAAGGUAAACAUUCCAAAAUUUUAGUAUUUUAACUAAGGAAAGAGUUACAAAAUUAUUAACGAUAACGUAAAAAUGGCUAAUAUUUUGAUGCAUUACGAAAAAUUUGGUUAAUUAAUAGUAUUUUAAUAGGUUUGGAUAAUAUAAAAGAAUCUGAAAAAAAAUUGGAUAAAAAAUAGACAUUACCCUAAAUUUUUCUAGUGACUAAAAAUGACACGAUUUUUAGUAAUCUCAGUGACCAAAUGUGACUUUUACCCCAUUUAAAUCGCACAAAUGUUUUUUUAUAUAAAACCCACUUAAAAUUUCAACAAAACUGUAAAAUUAUAUAUCUACAUGAAUCGUCUAUGCUUACCAAUUUAAUUAUAAAUAGCAACGUGAAAAAACAUGAAUAAAAAUGCUGGUGCAGGGAUUUGAAACAUCCACCUCUCUAGGGCAGAGGACUAUAAACUACAUCCUUAACCACUACACUGCCCUUAUUUUUCAUGUUCAUUACUCACGUUUUAUGCUAUUUUAAAAGUUUAGGGGGGCCAUGACCCCCCCUUCAUACACGCUGGCUCCGUCCCUGCGGACCGGGUACCAAACUAGUGGGAAUUAAGAGUAUUAAUUAGUAAAGUACGUUUCAAUAAACAACUUAAUGAAUUAUUUAUAGAUAGAUACGAAUUAAUCCGACGACGUUCGCUUUUAGAGUUUUAGUUGUUUGGUUAUGUUUGUUUAGUGGUUGACUUGCCGUCUUGAACCAACUCUGUACCUAUCUAUAAUUAAGAUAGUGAUGUCUGCCUUGGGAUUAACCAUGCUGAGUAUCAGUCAGCCAAUAGGCCCAAUACUAAUCUCUUUAUGGACGCUAACGAGUAACUAUCAUGUUUGUCAAGCCGAAUUAAAUCAUCAAGUCGAUUUGAUGAUAACAGGUUUGAGAUUUAAUUAUCAAAUUUGGAUUCAACUUGCUCUAGUGAGUCGCUUACUCUAUCUCACUGUCACGCGCCUCAAUAUCACUUAUGCAGUAAACGUCCUCAGUCAAGUUGUUCACUCUCCCAGUGAAGCACACGUCAAUGUAAGUUGUUCGCUCUCCCAGUGAAGCACACGUCAAUGUUGCGGCACGUGUUCUUUGGUAUCUCAAGGCCUCUCCUGGUCGAGGUCAAGUCCUCGCUGUGUCGGGGCGAUCUCACUUUAACUGCAUACUGCGAUGCAGACUGGGGCGGCUGCCCCACUACUUGUCGUUCUACGUUGGGGUAUUUCAUCACUUUGGGUUCUUCUCCUGUCCCUUGUCGUACUAAAAAACAGACUGUGGUCGCUCACUCUUCUGCUGAAGGCCAGUAUUGUGUCUUGGAGUUCACUUGACUCGCGUGACCUUUGUAAACCCUAAGUCGAAAAAGUUAACAUCAAUCAAAGUCUGAGAGGUCACAUUCUCCGUGGAAUAAUCUCGUCCAUCUUGGACGGGGAAACCACGUAAGUCCUUCAUGUUCGUGUUCUUUUAUUUUUGUUUCUUGUCGUUGCUAUAUAUAGUAGUAACUGAAAAACCUAAUUCUUCACUAAUCCUUCAAGGAUUCCGGCAUAUCCCUGGUUGGGAGGAAUGGGUUAGGGUGAUUACUUGUUUUUUAGUAAUCACGUUGGCAACCUCUUUAUAUACCAUUUGAUUAAUUAUUUUCCCUUUUUUUAAUCUUACGGUCAAGAUUCUUUUAGGGUAAUUUUGGAAAUUAAAAAGUGACCACACCUGAUUCUUCUAUAUAAUCUACCUAAACCCUAGUUCUAUCCUCCUUCCAGCCAAACCCGUCGCAGGCGCCUCCACGUACCACUCCCGUCGCACCGCCGGCAGCAGCCCCGACCACCCUCGGCCACCGCCGGCAGCAGCCCCCGACCACCCUCGGUACCCUCUCUCUCUCUCUCUCUCAGCUGCUGCUGCUGCUCUCUCUCUCUCUCUCUCUCUCUCUCUCUCUCUCUCUCUCUACCAUCACAACAUACAUACCAAAUAGACAUUUUGGUAGUUUUCGUUUAUGGAUUCAAUGUGCAGUGGUAUAGAUUGUUUAUAUUGGUAGUUUUCGUGUAAUGAUAUAGAUUUAUUUCUGUAAUGGUAUUGAUUGUUUAUGGUAUAUAUUGUUUAUAUUGGUAGUUUUCGUGUAAUGGUAUAGAUUUAUUUCUACAAUGGUAUUGAUUGUUUAUGGUAUAGAUUGUUUAUAUUGGUAGUUUUCGUGUAAUGUGUAUAAAUUUAUUUCUGCAAUGGUAGUUUUCGUGUAAUGGUAUAGAUUUAUUUCUGCAAUGGUAUUGAUGUUUUUCAAAGUGGUAGUGUUUGUCUAAUGGAUUGGUACUGAUUUCGUUUUUUUUUUUUUCCAGAAAGAUUGAGAAAAAUAUGGAAAGGAAAUCUGGCUGGAGAUUACGGAAGUGAGAGAAAGAUAGAAUUUUAAUUAAUAGAUUUUUGUAACUACCUUAAAUGUAAUUUAUUAAAAAAUUAAUUAAUAUAAUUUAUUUUUUCAUACUCAAUUUACCCUUAGUAAUCACCGUAACCUGUCCCCUGAUUGGGAUGGGUAGGCCCGCCACUUCACUUAGUCCCGGGCCAAGUUAGUGAGUUACUCUUAAAGAAACUACCUUAAUUACUUAAAUACCUAAUAUAAUUCUUAAAUAAUAACUAACACCAACUCAAUACUUAAUGAAAGGCAAACCACUAUCUAUCUAAUAAGACUUUUAGUUUACUACCUCCUAAUGAAUGAAGCCAAUAGAUCCACACAUGGCAGGCCGCCAGACAGCUCUCAGCCUCUCAUAUAUUAAUAGACUUAGGGAAGCCAAUAUAAAAGUAAGUAAUUAAUUACUAAAUAUAGAGCAAGUCAAAGCCCUGUAAUUUAUUAAUAGAAGAAUUUUACAAUGUUUUAUAGUAUUAGUGUUAUAGGUUUUUGUCUUUAUGAUACAACUUAGAAGUUUUACCUUUAAUAUUAUGGUACAACUUCAGAUGUUACUUAAACUCUUUAGUACAAAUUCUUUUAUAGUACAACUUGAACUUGUACAUUUAUGUGAUGGUACAACUAUAAAUUUGUAAAGUUGUA